UUUUUUUUUUUUCUCUCUCUCUGUAAAGAUGACCUCGAAAUACAGCGAGUUUAGUCGUGAGCAAUUACUAGCACGCAUUGAUGAGUUGGAAACAAGGGUAAACUCACCUAUGGCCGAAGAGGAAUUGGUGCAUAAACCCACGCAGAGUAAAAAGAAAGAGAGAAUCGAAAGCAAAAAGCGUCCGUUUGACAUGUCGAAAUAUACCACCCGUAAAAUUGCUCUUCGUGUUGCCUAUAUUGGCUGGGAAUAUUGUGGUUAUGCCACCCAGAACCAGCCGGACCGUUUACCGACAAUUGAAGAUAUGCUGUUCAAGGCUUUAUUGAGUUGUCGUCUGGUGGAGUCGAUUGAGUCCAGUGAUUACACACGAUGUGGAAGAACAGAUAAAGGAGUGAGUGGAUUAGGUCAGGUCAUUGGCAUCAAUGUGCGUUCCAAGAAACUUGCAACGGACACAGACCCUGAGCUCUUACCGGCCGAGAAGGAGUUCCCUUAUAUUGACACCAUGAACCGCAUGUUACCUGACGACAUUCGAGUCCUUGCGUGGGCACCAGCACCCGAAGAUUUCAGUGCACGAUUUCAUUGUACAGCACGUACCUACAAGUAUUUCUUCAACAAGGGCAAAAUGAAUAUCGAUCACAUGCGUGCAGCCUGUUCAUAUUUCGAAGGCAAACAUGAUUUCCGCAACUUUUGUAAGAUGGAUCCUGCUAAAAACGUGCUCAGUUACGAACGACAUAUUCUCUCCAUGAAGAUUGAACCUGUACAACACACGACAACGGAUACGGUAGGCGAAGGAACUGAUUUCUAUGAGGUACAAUUAAAGGGAACAGCCUUCCUUUGGCAUCAGGUACGAUUUAUGAUGUCUGUUCUGUUUUUGGUGGGACAAGGGUUAGAACCAGCAGAGACCGUGCGUGAUUUACUGGAUAUCGAAAAAGUGCCGUCUAAACCGGAUUUCCCCAUGUCUAGUGAUCUCCCCUUGGUGUUGUAUGAUUGUGAAUUCAAGGGUCUUGUGUGGACUUAUUCUUUCAACGAUGUAGUGUAUGACCCUUUACCCGCCUCGUAUCGCACCUACCUUCAUUUACAUGAGAUCUGGACUGGACAAAUGAUUCGUGCUAUCACCUAUCAAAACUUUUUAUGUAAAGUAGGUGAUUAUCCCGUACUGAUGUCUGAUAAUACCACAAAGACCGUGCUGGACUUCGUAAAGGAUCGUGGUGUGAUUAGUCCCACUGGGAUGGCAACUGUGCCUCGUGGCGGUGGCAAAGAAUCAAGAUUGGGUAAAUAUAAGUCCGUCAUGGAUCGUCCUCGUUGUGAUUCCGAUGAGCUCAAAAAGGAAAAAUUCGAAGUGCGUAAAAAGCGAAAGAUUGAGAGACAAGAAAUUCUUGCUAGUGGUGGUGAGUUACCUCCUUCCAGAGAAUGGAAGAGUUGGAGACAGCGCAAUGCUGAUAAUAAUGCAAAUAGUAGUAGUUAAUAGUAAAAAAUGGGUAAUAAAUUGUUUUAUUGUUCUAAUAA